GCUGCAGCUGGACCCACAACACCACACACACACAACUCCUCAUCAUGGCAGAUGACUACAUGUGGUUUGAAGGGUUACCUUUCCCUGUUUUUGGUUUCAGCUCUGAAGUUAUGAAAGAAGCAUGUUCUACGUUUGUGAUAAAGGAUGAAGAUACAGUAAUGGUGGCUUAUCCUAAGUCAGGCACCAACUGGUUGAUGGAAAUUCUCUGCCUGAUUCACUCCAAAGGGGAUACCAAGUGGAUUCAGUCUGUGCCCAUCUGGGAUCGCUCACCCUGCUUAGAGACAGAUGUGGGUUACAAAUGUCUAAAUGAGAGUGAGGGCCCACGGCUCCUGAUGUCUCACCUUCCCAUCCAUCUCUUCCCCAAGUCUUUAUUCACUUCCAAGGCCAAGGUGCUGUAUAUCAUGAGAAACCCCAAAGAUGUUCUUGUGUCAGGUUACUAUUUUUGGAGUAUGACAAAACUUUCUAAGAAAAUCGAAUCACUGGAACAAUACUUUAAAUGGUUUAUCCAAGGAAACGUGCCCUAUGGAUCAUGGUUUGAGCACAUACGUGGCUGGAUGUCCAUGAGAGACAGGAAGAACUUCCUGCUGCUGAGUUAUGAAGAGCUGCAGAAGGACCCAAGAAGCACCAUAGAGAAGAUCUGUCAAUUCCUGGGAAAGAAGCUCAAUCCAGAAGAACUGGAUUCAGUCCUCAAGAAUAGCUCCUUCCACAUCAUGAAACAAAACAAGAUGUCCAAUUUUAAAAUAUUGCCUGAAACUUUAAUUAGUAAGCAUUUCUCAUUGACAAGGAAAGGCAUCUGUGGGGACUGGAAGAAUCACUUCACAGUGGCCCAAGCUGAAGCCUUUCAUAAAGUAUACCAAGAGAAGAUGGCAGAUUUUCCCAAAGACCUGUUCCCAUGGGAAUAA